AAAUUGGAUGCCCAUUUCGGCGGGUCCUGCAGUCAGGGUAGUGCAAAAACAAAAGCGGCAAGAAAGUCAGCCGGCAGUCCAGACGCAGACGCUUUUUUCGAGCGAGCCAAUUUUUUGCAGACGUGAGCAGGAGAAAGGAGCGCGUGAGUUGGGGGUUAAAUCCAAAUGCAUAUAGAUACCUGACCCGGGGGAACACUAUAUGACAUUGCAACCGAUCCAAUUAGAUCCCAGAUCCUACCGGUAAAGUGACAUGGACUUGAAAAUAACAUCGGAAGAGUUGAGCAGCGACGAAUACAGUCACGAGGACGACGACGAUUUGAUGAAUGUGGCUGUCAUCAAACAAAAAAGUCCAUCUCCCAGCAGCCGGCCUAAUGUCAAACCGUCUGAAGUUUCAGGAAACGGAGUAGGCCAGAAGAAGAAAAUCUUUGCAAUUAAUCGUCCGCCUGUCAGCAGGGCCGAGACACUUCGUCGCAUUCGACUGCUCCAGCAGCACAACCUCUACGAGCGUCCGUAUCUCUACUUCAAACGUCGCAGCAUUAAAUGGUUGCGGAACAAGACCAAGCACUACAAUACGUAUGCGGAGGGUCUAAAGAUUGUGAUGCCAAUAAGUAAUUUGGACAAGAUAUUCGAAAGGAUUCGGAAGAAAAAUAGGCAAGAGUGCAGAAGCAGAAGUAUGACUCGCAGCUACAGCCGUACUCCCAGUCGCAGCCGCAGUCGCAGUCGUAGCUUCAGCCGGAGCCAGACUUUAAGCCGUAGCCGCAGUCAUAGCCCCCACAGCGGCAGCCAGUCGCCUGAGCUCAUAUGCCUCGAUGACACCGAGAACGAAGAGUCGCCCGAAAAACUCGAUCCACCUAGACAGGAUGUGGUGACUCCUGUAAAAGAAACUAAGACUAGAGCCAUUUCGCCACCGACUCAUUUUGAGCCUCGAGAAAAACCCAAGGCCCCUCCAGAGCAUAACGAGAACGGUGCCGCCGAGUUAGCCGAGUUCCUCAUGCUGAAGGACUCCCACCCGAAAGCCAAGCCAACGUUCGGUGGUGAAAACGAUUAUGAGCUGGUUAAUCUUUCUGCCCCUAUGGCGUUGGAGAGGGAAAUUGUCAAUAAGAGUCCGAUUCGAGAGUCGAAACAGAAACAACUGGAGGAAGACCUUUUGAUGGCUGUGGAUGGCACCAUAAAGCGACGUCGAUCAGUGACUCCCCCAGCAAAAGUAAUCGAUAAGCGAUCUAAGCCAGAUUCCACCGAGGUUUUGGAAGAUGAUGAUGCCCCAAUUCAGUUUUUGAACGUGCCGGAAGAGGAUGUGGUUAUGAAGACACAUCCAGGGAAACCACAGAUGCCGAAAAAAGAGUCUGUGCCUCCGGCAGUUAAUUCAGAUCUGGCUUCUACGCAGCAGAGCCAUCCUGGUUUUAAGCUCAGCACGCCCUAUUCAUUGACAUUGCCUGCUGGCAACGACCAGGCAGUUAACAUGGCCGCUCCAUCCUACAGCUUAAAUACACCCACUCCGCCGGCCGUGCCCAUGGAAAUUUCGUAUCCUCCGGUAAAAAUGCCAAAGAUCACAAUACACCAGGGAGGACCUCCUAUGAAUUUAUCUCAUGCUCAGCAUCUAGCCUAUUCUUAUCCCAAGACUCAUUCCCCGAAGCUAGCACCUUCUCACGCUUCGAAGGCGCAGAAAAAAGGCCAUUCCCAGAAAGGCAUGCCACCAGCUUCAGUCCACCAGGCCAAUACUCCUGUACAGCAGGUCGCUACUACAGUUCACCAUGUAGCUCUACCAUCACAUUACAUAGUUCAUACACAACAUAUUCCUUCAUCGCCACAAUUGACGCAACCCCCAGCUACUCCGCAACUGGCUCCAAAGCAGCACCCUGUCCCGGCUGCCAAUCCACCCAACUUUGUGGCACCUCAGCCACCACGCCGCUCGGAGACGGUAUCAACCCAAACGCAGGACCCUCAACCAUCGCGUCCUCGCCAAAGGACCAGCGUUGAUCUCAACAACAGCGACGCCAACUUCCACCAGCAGAUAAAGGAUCUCUACACCGAAAUGGACUCGAUCAUGCAGGAAAGGGUGAAGGCGGUACGCCCAGACUUUUGUUCCUUUCUCGAUGAGCGUCGGCGGCUCGAUGCUGAUCUUAAAACACUGGACAAGCUCUUAGCUCAAAAAGAAGACGAAUACAAUCGGCUGUUGCAUUUACGAUGCGUCAAAGAAGAGCUGCGUGGACGGCUGCAGCGAAAGGAAAUAGUGUCGGUGAUCAAGGAUAUGCUGCCUCCUCUUUUGACACAGUCAUGCGGCACUUUGGAGCUUCAAGAGAUCCAUUCGAUGCUUAUGGAUGAAGAAAAUGCGCCGAUUCCAUCUAAAAAUGGACCAUCCGCCAUUGAGCGCUGCCUAUCCAGUAUGGAGAAGAGCCACCUUAAUAUCAAACUGCUAAAAGGAGCCCUAGGGAUAAAGCAACAAGCUCCGCCACUCUCUAUUUACCAAUCUGAAGAACAAAAUUCGAUUCAGUCGAACACAAAUUCAUUGCCAGGUGCCAGUCAGGCGCCGAGUCGAGACAUUCGGGAUAUGGAAGAAGACCCACCGGAGAAUUCGCUGGAGCAAGCCAGAGAAAAGCCUCCGGCUAGCAAGCGAGCCAAGCUUGAAAGUGAGCUGACAAUGAACUCCACGACAAAUCUGUCCCAAUCUUCCUUUCUCUACAAUAAGCUUCAAUCAAAAGCGAAGGCCUUAGCACAGAGCCAUAGUUCUUUGGAUGCCCAUAAUUUUAAUAAUGCAUCAACACCCAAACCUCUUUUCAACAGCAGUCCCAUGGUUAAUCGCCAACCUGCCAAAGGACAGCAGCAGCUCGACUCAUCUUCCUCCAAUCGUUAUGAGGGGGACUUAAGCCAGGCUAACGUGUCCAAGUCCCAGACUGACACGGCCUUGAAGAAUGCGCGACGUGUAGUUGAUGAUUCUGCCACCAUGAAUGGCAAGAAUGAUAAGUCCUGCAACCACUGCGGUAUCCCCAAGGUGGGCUAUACGUGCUCCUGCUGCCAGAAGCAAUGGUAUUGCAGCCGUGAUUGUCAGCUGCGCGCUUGGGACUCACACUGGAACAAGUGUAAGAGGGUCUAGGAUAUCAGCAUUACUAUAUCUUUAAACUAUAACUAUACACUAAGCGUAUCGUAUUUUAUCGCAUAUGCCGGACUUCAUUAAUCAAAUUCAUAGAGUCGUUCAUGAAGAUGAAGUGUAGUUCGUACUCAUCCCAGAAAUAAAUCAAAUACUUCAAGAACAUAAGGAAUGUCAAAGAUAAGGAAUUUUUUAGUUACAUUUCGCAGAAUGCUGAAUUUCUUAUAUUAUACUCAUGUUUGAGUUAAUUUCCAUUUAACGAAACUCAGAACAAAUUCAGUUAGCUAUAAAAUCCAUUAUUUUUUUCUCUUUGGUGUUCAAUUGAAUAAAUUUAAUAUUUUAAAAUGAA